AUGUCGUUGGCUGGUGUCAAUAGUUUUAGUCCUUUCUCUCCCACGACUCAACAUUACGCCACCUCGGCCGACUCUGAUAUUGAACAAGAUUAUGCAAGGACACCUUCUUAUUCAAACGACGAAUCUAACCUCGAAGACAACUUUAGCGAACGGGCUUUGGAUGAUAGUGAAGAAGAGAAUGAACAUUACCUCAAUGCUGCCAGCUCUUUCACGACUGAGGACGAGGAAGACGACGAUGAAAUGGAAUGCUCUUCGGAUUCUGAUUCGGACAUAACCGAAGACGAACAAAACGGUUCAACAGUACUGAAUCAUCGAUUUGAAAAUGAAAAUAACUUUAACCUUCAUCGGAACGGUGAUGUUGUGAUCAAUGUUCCGCCCCCAUCAUCUACCUCGAUCUCAGUAGCGUCCCAACAAAAACAAGGCCCUUUGAGAUUUGGAUUUCCUGAUUCCCAAGAAUCGCGAAGUCACGAAGUGGAUGGGGAAGAUGAGGACGAUGGCUCUUCAACAAAUUCCUACGAUGCAUCGUCUUCACGAAAGAGAGCUAGGUCAUUCUCAAAUGAUUGGACGAACAUGCACCCGCAUCCAAUACAAUUCGGUUCUUUAGAACCUGUCAAUCGAGUCAUCACUAAUAGACAGGUCGUGAACCACGGUUUAAGGGUUCCCUCAACACAUUCUCCUUCCCUACCGACUCCAAGUCGUCCUUCAAUAGGGAACGGAGUGCAAAUUGAUUAUUCUCAAGAAAUGACGGACGUCUCUCCGACACCAUUGCCAAAUCUCUAUUAUUCACGCACGAAUAAUUAUACCACAUAUUCACAGUCAUCUUCGGCUUCUGCAUCCCCAUCU